GCCUAACGACAGUCUCAUCCUCAACUCAGUAGAGUUCGGUCAUUGCGCACUCAGUGUAGUGCCGUGACCAUUCUAACAACCCAUCUCAUCACCUUCAGCGUUAUCUCUCUUCUACCAUCACCUCAUCCUCUUGACACGAUCGCUGACCGCACUGAUAACUGUUCUCUUGGCGUGCCAGUGGUACAGUGGCCCUAUCUCCUUGCCUCUCACAUCACUCUGGUAGACGUUUGGACGGAACAGUUGCAUCCUUCAAGUCUAUUACGUCAAGGCAACUAAAACCGCAAUGAAUCUUUGGAUUAUCAGUGGUUUGUUGCUUCUGGGUGUGGCCUGUGUCCCCGGAGUUGGUGGGCAAUCUCCUGCUAGUAACUCUGUCGAUGAAGCUGGGACUGCCUCCGAGGAGGAAGUUUGUCACCUCGGAGUAGUUAAUUGUACAAGACUGCAAAAUUAUCCCAGUCCUGUCUGCUUCAAUGAGGGUUGCAUGAAUGCCAUCACAAAUCAUAUCACAUUUGAGUUUCAUGCUGCCUUCAAAUACUUAUAUAUGGGAGCUGUAUUUGGACAGUAUAUCAAGGAGAGGCCAGGUGUGGCUAAGUUUUUCCUAGAAGCUGCCACAGAAGAGAGAGGGCAUGGUAUCCAGAUGAUGGAUUACCUUAACAUGCGAGGAUUUGAAUACAAUGAGAACUUUAGAUUUUCGAAAGAUGAUUUGUGGAAGAUUAAUGGUAAUCAUGUCACCGAUACUUCAGAUUUGGUAUCCCUCAAAAUUAGAGAAGCACUACAAGAAGCUGUGAAUAUGGAAAUUGAUGUUACUGAGAAAAUACUUCAAGUUGUUGCCAAGUGUGCAGAUGACUACCAUGCUGCAGAUGUAUUCACCAAUCCUAUCCUAGAAGAACAAUACACAGGUCUUCGUAAGCUGCAAGGAGCCAUCAGGACCUAUGAUGCUCUCAUAAAAGGUAAUUCAGGUAAUGAGGAACUUGCAGAAUUCAUUUUUGACAAGAAGGUGCUAAAAGGAGAAAUACUGUGAAGUAUUGUCAUGCCAAGUCAAGAAUCAUAAAAAUGGUUCUUGUGAUUUGUUAUAGUAUGUUAUAGUAAUUUCAACAGAUGAAAGCUAGCAGUUCAGUGGCCCCCAAAACUAUCUUUAAAAAUAAGAUAAGAUGAUGAUGUAAUAGAUGAUAUUAUUUGAUACAUUUGGUGAUUAUGGUGGCAAGACUUGGUUGCCAUGCAUACUAGGAUGGUUGUUGUAUUUUAUAACCUGAGAAAUACUAGAUCGGUAUAUUAGCACAGCUUCAAGCUAUGCAUACCAGUCUUACUGAUACAACAUGUGAUCAGGCAGCAUGUUUCAUAUUGUUCAUUAUGCCACAGUUCACAUCACACUUUCAAGAUAGUUUUGGGAACUACUGUACUGAAUUUUCUCCAGUUGUUAAUAAAAAUAUUCAGAUAAGCUAUUCUUGCUAAUCAUCCAUUUUGUGCCUCAAAAUAGGAGACACCAGGUUUCAUGAGUGAACUCAGGUCAGAUAGUUAGAAACUGAUGAGGGAGCUACUCAUUUUUGAAGGCUUGUAUCCACAAUUGUCAACGUUUUUGUAAUAAAUCCUGUGAUAUAUAUAUAUAUAUAUAUAUAUAUAUAUAUAUAUAUAUAUAUAUAUAUAUAUAUAUAUAUAUAUAUAUAUAUAUAUAUAUAUAUAUAUAUAUAUAUAUAUAUAUAUAUAUAUGAACAUACUAUAAUAAUAUUUCAUGGCCCUUUAAAACUUUUGUUCUGUAAAAGACAAAGACAACUUCAUCCAGCUUAUGAUGAAUUAAAGUUAAAGUGUUAAUGGUUAAUUUUCAUAAUUUAUUAAUGUUUCAUACUUCCUAAAUUCAGAUAUAUUUUCCAUAGUUGCUUAAUAUACUUCAUAAAGCAAGAAGUAUGUGUAUGUCUUAGGGCACACUUAUAUGUCAGUUAUAUGUAGGCAUUACUUUUUUUUUUCAUAAUAAGGAUAUAUUUUCAAGUGUAUAAGAUUAUAAUGAUGUAUUUUUCUUUUCUCUUUUUUUUUUUUUUUUUUGCUGCAAAUAAAAUUUGUCAUUCUA